AUGCCGACCCUAGAUGUCAGCGAGUUGAACAUUGUCGUGUCUGUGCUUGGUGCUUUCACUGUGCUCUACGGCCUGGUUGCCGUCAAAAUAAAAGGGGUCUGGUACCUCGGAGAGGCUUUGCCCGCCGUCUUAAUUGGUAUGCUCUUGGGGCCGAUAUCUGCCAAAUUUCUCGAUGCCAAGCGAUGGGGUUCAGCUGCCCCAGACCAACAAGAUGCCAUCACGCUUGGCGUGAUGCGGGUGAUGAUUGGGAUUCAACUGGUCAUUGCUGGGUACCAAUUACCCGCUAAAUACAUCCUCACGCGGUACAAGGAGCUGAUCGUCUGCCUGAUCCCGAUCAUGGCCACGAUGUGGCUGAUGAGCUCCGUGUGCAUUCUGGCGACCAUCCCGAAGAUCUCGCUGCUGGCCGCGCUGGUGAUCGGGGCGUGCGUGACGUCGACGGACCCGAUCCUGUCGCAGGCCGUCGCGAAGGGCCCGUUCGCGGACAAGUACGUGGCGCGCCCGCUGCGCGAGAUGAUCUCGGCCGAGGCGGGCGCCAACGACGGCUUCGCGUCGCCGUUCCUCAUGCUCGCCGUCAACCUGCUGCGUCUCACGGAGAAUCGCCGUGCGACGCUCGUGGAACGCGGCAGGGGCGUCGGCCCGGAUACCCAGGACGUCGGCAUCGCCCUCGGCAACUGGGUCAUCGAGACCCUCAUCUACAUCGUCAUGCUGGCGAUCGCCUACGGCACCGUCACCGGGUAUUUCGCUAGGGUGGGUGUCAAGUUUUCCCUGUCUCGAAGGUGGAUCGAUUCCGAGAGUUACUUGCUGUUCCCGACGGCACUUGGUCUCUUCAUCGUCGGAACCUGUGGUGCCAUCGGCACCAGUGACCUCCUCGCCUGCUUCGUCGCAGGCUGCGCACUGAACUGGGACGGCGAGUUUCUCGCCGAGACGGAGCGCCGCCACGACGAGGUGAAUUCGUGCAUCGACGUGCUGCUCAACUUCGGCGGCUUCCUGUACAUCGGCACCACCAUCCCCUGGUCAGACUUCCACCAGCCGGACACCACUGGCAUCACCGUUCCUCGACUGCUCGCCCUGGGCCUCCUCGUCCUGGUCUUCCGCCGCAUCCCCGCGCUGCUGCUCACGUACAAGAUGAUGCCGGGGGUGGUCAAGAACUGGAAAGAGGCGGUGUUCAUGGGAUAUUUCGGCCCCAUUGGUGUCGGCGCUAUCUACUACCUCGAACACACGAAGGAACUGUUUCCCAAGGAACAGGUCGCGAGCGCGAAGGAACGGGAUUUGCUCGACGCCAUGACCCCAGUGGUAUACUUCAUCGUGCUCUUCUCCAUCAUAGUCCACGGCCUGUCGAUCCCGCUCCUCAGCACCAUCUACUCCUACUGCAACGUGCGGACCAUCACCGAGGACGCCGUCGAGGUGAAGCGCAAGAGCAUCUACAUGGCGACGCCGCCCAACGCCUUCCGCGGCGACUCGGACACCUGGAUCUGCUUCAACCGCUUCUCGCGCCCGAUGGCCAACCUCGCCACGCUGCCCACCACCAACAACAACAACAACCACCGCCGCCCGCACAGCAGCGACGGCGAGAGCGUCAUGUCCGACAUCGAGGAGGAGAAGAAGCACAGCCAGAUGGAGUAUAUCGAGCGCGUGGAACCGAAGUAG